AUGUCGCAAAGACAUCUCAGCACCUAUUCGUGGCUGCAGAAUGGGCCAUGUCAAGGGCAGCAUACCUUUAUGAUAACUCCGGUGGAGCUCGGCGGAGCUCACCAAAGCUCCUCCUGUCGGAAAACAGAGAAAUUUUAUAAUACUUUAAAUAUGCCGCCUUUUGAAUAUUGUAAAGGUUACACGUGUUCCUGUUUAUUACCGUAA